AUGCUCAAAACUAAAAUCCCAUCGAGGGAAUUCAAGCCAAAGAGGAGUUUGGGGCAGAAUUAUUUAAAGGAUGAAAAUAUCAUACAGAAAAUGGUCAGUGCGAUUGAGCUGGAUGCCGAUGCGUUUUAUCUGAGGGACAAUCGGGUUGGCAGUCGGCAGGGGGGGUGCGAAGAAGGAAAGGCGGAAGGAGACGCGGAAGCGGAAGCAGCCGAAGAAUCGGACCGAGCACCUCGCAGCGCGAAGGAGGCGCGUUCCCUCCAAAGCGUGAGGGACCAAGGGAAGGGAAUCAUCGAGCUGGGGUGCGGACUCGGACAAAUAAGCAAAUUCCUCUUUGCAAAAUAUAAAAAAAUGACGGCCGUAGAAAUAGACAGUCGAGCUCUAUCAGUAAUCAGCAGAACCAUGCCAGGCUUUGACUUCAUCCACGACGAUGUAUUGCAAAUCAAUUAUAAAGACCUCUCCGAAAGUAAAGCAACCAAAUUAACCGUAAUAGGAAACCUACCCUUCUACAUAACCUCCCAAAUAUUGUUCUGCCUACUCGAUUACCACCAGUACAUCGAACAAGCAAUCGUAACCAUACAGUACGAAGUUGGCCAAAGAAUUAUAUCCAAAGUAAAUGAAAAAAAUUAUUCCAUAUUAAGUAUUCUUUUUAAUUUAUAUACAACCCCCUACUUGCUUUUUAAAAUCCCGAGCUCUGCAUUUUAUCCGGUUCCCAAAGUAGAAGCAGCUGUGAUGAAAAUUAUUUUCAAGCAUUCCAACCUUAACUGUAAUUUAUUUUUUUUAAAAGAAAUUUUACGCCAUUCGUUUCAGCAGAGGAGGAAAAAGCUCAAAUCCAGUUUGAAGCGUCUCCUUGCCAAAUAUUCCACCACAAAAAAGGAGCUUCAGCUUCCACCAUCUGUUUGCCAUUUGAGACCCCAGCAGUUGACUCCUCCGCAGUUCGUCGAACUGACCAACUUUUUAUUUCCUCUUAGCUCCUACCCCUUCGACCCCAAUGUGCAGACCAAGGUGUGGCGCAAGAAGAAGCACGGGGAUUGA